AUGCGAGAGUUGCCUUUUGAACCUUCUGUAGAUUCAAAAAUAGUUAAGUCAUUAGACUCCAACUCAGUUAUUAUUCCUUCAUAUAAUGAAUUAAAUUCUUUGUAUGAUGUUUCAACAUCUCUUGUUCGAGGUAAACUUUUAACUGCUGGCAAAGAUGAUUCUAUUUUAUCAUUUAAAUUUGAAUGGCUCAGCCAGUUUUCUUGGUUAGCUUAUUCUAGCAAAGAAGAUGGAGCUUACUGUCUUCCUUGUACUUUGCUAGGUGCUAGUAUUCCAAAUAAGUCUGGAAUAUUAAUUUUAGUUUUCAAGCCCCAUCAAGAGUGGGGUAAUGCUGUUCGUGAUUAUAGAAAACAUGAGGAAAGUUGUGUUUUACAUGAAAAAUCUAUGCUUUUAUUUAAUGCAUUGCUUUCACGUUGCAACUCCAAAAAUAAUGUUAUUGAGGUUGAUUUAAAUAAUUCUCCAUUUCGUGAUGCUAGCAAAUAUCAUCCUGAUAUUGGGGAAUCUUCUACACAAAAAGUUGGAAUUAGUAACUUCAUAGAGCUUUUAAAUUUUUGUGUUGAUGCUGGUGAUCAAGUAUUAGCUAAUCAUCUUUCUUCAAGUCCAAAAAAUGCAACCUAUAUAUCAAAAACUACCCAAAACCAACUUAUUGAUUCUUGUGGGAAAGCAAUUGAGAAAUCUCUAAAUGUACUUAAUGCACUUCAAGAGUUUGGACUUGAUAUUCAAAAUUGUAGAGGCCAAGGGUAUGGCGGUGCGGGUUGUAUGGCAGGUAAAUAUGAAGGAGUUGCUUCUCGAAUAAAAGCUCUUAAUCAUAAAGCUAUAUUUGUUCAUUGUGCAAGCCAUAGACUUAGUUUAGUAGUAGCAGCUGCAUGCCAAGUUCAAAAAAGGAGAUGGGGUUAA